UUUGGGGCUGCUGACGAGGGGGGAUUGUCCCUGGCCAUGGCGGGUUUGGGGGCCACCCCACGCACGAAGAAACCCCCGAGGGAGGAGCAGGGGCUCCGCACCCCGAGGGCUGCGCUUCGUGCUCGGGCCGAGAGCCGGCACCGAGAGGGGGAGAGCGGCCAGCGGGGGUGGGCGCGGGUGCCCGGCUCGCCCAGCACGCCCGGCAAGGGGCGCCUGGUCCGGCGGGGACCCGAGGGGAGCCCCGGGGACAGCGACCCUGCGGGACCCCCAGAACCGCCCGGCCCCGAGGGCUUCUACUUCUCGGGGCUGCCCGAGCUGGAGCAUCAGGACGCUGCUGGCCCUGCAGCCCCCAGCCUGCCGAGCCCUGGCCCUCUGACCCCAGCGAGGGCACGGAGGGGACGGAGGAAGCUGCAGCACACGCUGGUCCUGGAGCUGGAUGGGACCCUGCUCUACUCCUCGCUGCUCGCCCACGCGCAGAAGGACGCCACGGCCACCUUCACCACCGACUUCCAGGCGAGCUCCUACAAGGUCCAUGUGAAGCUGCGGCCACACGUGCAGGAGUUCUUGGAGAGCGUUUCCAAGAUCUAUGAGAUCUUCAUCUACACCACUGCCAAGAAGGACUAUGCCAAGAAGCUCGUGGAGGUGCUGGACCCCAGGAAGAAGCUGAUCAGGCACUGCCUCUCCCAGCAGGACUGUGUCUGCUCCCAGGGCUGCUACUGGAAGGACCUGACCCAGCUGGGCAGGGACCUGGCCACGAUGGUGGGCCUGGACCACACCAUGCAGGGCUUCCCUGCCCAGGCUGACAACUGGAUCCAGGUGCCACCGUGGUCUGGGGACCCUGAGGAUGAGGAGCUGCUGCGCCUCAUCCCGGUGCUGGAGCAGCUGGGACGGGCGGAGGACGUGCGCCCCGAGAUCCAGCGGCGCUUCCAGCCCCUCCAGCUGCCCACUGAGGGUUAGGCCAGGAUUGGGAGCACCUCCUGGACCGGCUGUGCUUGGGGGCAUCCAGCCCCUCAUCCUACAGACCUGGGCUGGAUGCCAGGACUCUCCCUUGGUGUUUGCAGGGGUCCCAGCUCAUCCCUGGGGGUGCCCCCGAGGAGAGCCCCUGCCCUUGGAGACAAACUCCAUCCUGGCUCCCUCCUCCCCCUGCUCUGGAAGGUCCAGCCAAGGUUCUCACGGGUCAUUCAUUAUAAGCUUUGGAGAAAUGUCUGGCUCUGCCUUAAUUCCCAAAACUCUUCAGCUGAACAAACACACAGUGAUGGGGAUGGGGGGGGGACACAAACCACACCUCCCCAGUGUCCUGGGGCAGCCCAGGGUGCUGGCAUGGGGCUGGUGCUCCACAGCUCUCCCUGUGCCAUCCGUGCCUGGUGCCACUGUGCCAGUCCCCGUGGGACAGAGUGGCUGGGGGUGCAGCCACACCAGGACCCCUUUUAAGGCCUAAAUCUGCUGAUGAACAGGAACUGGGGACUCUGGGCUGGACUGGAGGCCUCGGCUGCCUCUGCUGUGCCGGAAGCCACACGGGUGCAGCUGUUUGGGGACAUGUCACAGCUCGUCCCUCUGCGCCUGGGAAAGGGCACAGGGCUCUG